UUCCGGGAAGCUUUCUACACCCAAUACGGCUUCACUAUUUAAAUCACGUGAUCUUUGAAUUCAGCUCGAGGACGAAAUUUAAAUCGAGUUCAACUCCGUUUGAAUGUGUUUGUUUUUGCGGUGAACUGAAAAAACAAGUUCCGACUUUACGCCGUGAGUUUGACACACAGACAAUGGAUAUUUUUCUGUUGAUGUCUUCGAUAGCCGGUGAUGAUGUUUGCUCAUUGGCUGAAGAGAAGUUUGAUUUUGAAGUUUCACUGUCACCAGAAAGUUCUAAAGGAGAUGGCGACACUGAAGAUGAAGUAUUCUUGGGCCCUGUCACACAGAAGGAGAGAUGUAUUUCCCACGAAAUUGUGACCCAAACAAAAGAGAGUAGUAGCAGCGGGCCAUCUUUAGGGGAGGAGCCAAGCUGGAGCCCUCUGCUUGAGGAGAACUUUGAUGAAGUUUGCAAAGAAGCUCAUCUUUUGGCUAGCCACUUUGAGAGAACUCUUUCUGAGCCUGUUGCCAAGGACCAUACAGCUGCUUCCAGUUUGUCUGAAGAUGCAGAAAAGUUUGAGUUGGACUCCAUGGCCAAACUCAACAUGUUCAAGUCAGCUGAUGUACUUAGUCCCAUAAAGAGAGAAACAUUUUGUGUCCAGGACAGCCCCAUGAUGCAGCUUCCACCUGCCAUCCAGAAACGACUGCAGAAGUCUAGCAAUAUAUCAGGAGGCAAACCACGUCUCAGCACCUCCAGCCCUGUGAGAACUACUGACACUCUACCUAAAUUGGCUCCAAGAGGGAAAAGCCUUUUGCACACUGGAAGAGUGCUACCUAACAAACCCACAGCCAUGGGGAACUCUCGACUUUCCUCAGGUGCUCGACCAGCACUUCCUAUCAGAAAUCGGCUUCCUCCACCCAACAAAAGUUGUUUUGGCCUAAAACGGAGUCCUGGUAGUAGAGACAUAAGCAGAACUACCUCUGCUGAAGACCUGCUUUCUGAUACAACUAGUAUAGCCUCUGAUGUGAGUGAUUCUUCUUUCAACACCAGUCUUCCACUAAAGAGAGGCCUUCCAGCCCCCAAGACUGAAUUAAGAGGUGGUGCGACACUUCAUAAAGUUCCUUCACUACCAAACAGGAGAGUGAUGGACCGAAGCCGAAAUACCUCUUCGUCCUCCUCUUCUGUGUCUAGUAUCAAUUCAAGCCUGUCUGUCUCUCCAACUGGUAAAUGCAAACUGAAUUCCUCCCUGAACACCAGUAUGAAUAGCAUCAGUGGUCGCAUUUCCUGUAGUGGCAGCCGGCUUCCCAGUUCUACCCGCAAGUCAGGAAUAAUCUACAAAUCUCUGGAAUCCUCUUCAGUAAGAACAGCAUCCUUCCCCACACAGGGAAGGAAAGGUCCUGAGCCUGUCCCUAGACCAAUCAAGGCCACCCCUUUGAAGAGAACAGAGACUGGACCUUGUCUUCAGCAGCACACACCAGCUAAAAGGACAAUAGAGAGGACCACCUCUGUACCCAGCAUAUCAAUGCUUGCUGCUAAAACUGGAAGCACUGUUAAGGUGAACUCCAACUUGAAAGCUUUUGUGGCACCGACUCCAACAAACUCUCUGAAGGGAAUACGAAGAUCCGAAGUUACAUCACCUGAUGUCCCACGAAUUAUGAAACCAAAAAGAUUGAUCUCCGCUUGCAGUGUGGACAGUGUUCCACAGAGACUCGCUCUUCCUACACCUCAUGGCCUCCAGACACUUUCAAGUGCAACCGAGAAGCCGUUGCAGUCUAAACUGCAACGCCCAUCUGCUCUACCUACACCCGUGAGCCGCAGAGUGUCUGGCAUCCCAAUGCUUACACCAAAAAGUGUUCCUCGUCUCAAAAAACAAUCUCGUACUCCUGAGCCACAGACACCAGUUUCCAGCUCGGCCAUUAGUCAUUCUCGCCCAGGUCAUCACAGUGAGCAGCAGCAAGUAGUCGAGCAGGUAGUGCCAAAGGACAACUCAUCUGCCACAUCUGAGUUUAAGCCUUGCUCCCUGGUCUUUACUCUAGAGGAUGAUGGUGACAGACGCACUGCUUGUCAGCCUGCAGCAGUGAAGUCUUCCAAACCAUCCCCAGAUGACCUGGAGCCUCAUUUGCCCAACCCAGAAUGUCCAUCUCUUUUAAAGUCAGAGGAGAUGCCACACAAUCAUCAGUUAAGGAAGAAAGAAACACUACAGUCGGUGCUCGUGGAUGCACCUGCUCCUCUUAUGAAGCCUGAAGAGAAGGUACUCAUUGACCUUUCCAAUACCCCUGACCUGGUCAAAACCAUUCCCGUUAAGGCUUUUGGUGGACAGCUGAUUGAUUUGAGCUCACCUCUUAUAAAAUGGAGUCCAGAUGAAAAGAAGGAAAACCCUGUGAAAGAGGCUCCUCCACUCAUUAACUUGUCCUUCUGAAGAACCUGCAUUGCUAAGUGAACAAAUGAGA